CCCACAUUGAAGAAAUCAAUCUUCAACAUGCCUCCACACAAAAACAUCAAUCCUCCAGGACAAGAAACAUGGUCCCAUGGUCCCUCGUAUCCCCCGCCUCACGAGGCAUUGGCUUUGCCAUCGCUAGGCGAAUUCUCCAGACCACAAACGCACCCCUGGUAGCCACAGCACGCAAAGACCUCGCCGGCACAAAACAUAAACUCCUAGAUGGCUUAGAUGUGGACGAGAAUAGACUGACGAUGCUUGAGGUUGAUGUUCUAGAUGAGGAUACAAUAUCCAAUGCCGCUGCGGCAUGCAAAGAAAGAUUCCCGACUCCAAUCAAUCAACUACAAUUGGCCUUCAUAGUCCCCGGCAUGCUCCACCCCGAAAAGUCCCCCGCCCAAAUCGACGCCUCCUCCGCGCUUCUCACCUUCCGCACCAACACCCUCGGCCCCAUGCUCAUGGUCAAGCACUUCUCUCCCUUCCUCCCCAAAAAGAAAGCCAUCCAGCCCGAAGAGCACGACCUCCAGGGCCUCCCUCCUACAGCUGCUAUGGCCCUCAUGUCCGCCCGCGUAGGCAGCAUCUCUGACAAUGCGCUUGGCGGGUGGUACUCGUACCGCGCCUCCAAGGCCGGCGUCAAUCAGGUCGUCAAGACAUUCGAUAACCAUCUUCGCACCUCUUCAGGAGACAGAGCGAUAAGCGUGGCGCUGCAUCCGGGGACGGUGAAGACGGAGUUCAGUAAAGAGUUCUGGGGCGGGGUCAAGCAGGGGAAAUUGUUCGAGAAGGAGUUUGUGGCGGAGAGGUUGGUGGAGGUGGUAAUGGGGGUGGGGGUCGAGGGGAGGGGAAAGUGCUGGGAUUGGGAGGGCAAGGAGGUGCUGCCUUGA